AUGAGGUCCGGAUUCAUCUUGAGCCGGACUUGUUUUCGGUCUUUAAUUCGCCAACAACAUGGGCCUGUCCCUCUUACACGCCAAGCCACGUCCAGGCUUCUCCAUACAGGGCGAAUACCAUGGAGGGGCUCGGGAUCAAAGGGAUCAUCCGCAAGGAGGAUUAUCCUGCAGGCGUCAACUGGCGUAGCUGCGCUCAGUGCUGGAGCCUUUAUCGAGCUAUCACAAACCGACAACAAUGGCACCGAGCAAACCGGCGAGCACCGAAUGUUGGAGGCAUCCCGCGAGGAGAUGCGAAAGGCGGUUGGCGAAGACGAAACUGGCUUGCUGAGAAUGGGCCACAAGAUAGUCCUUUUUGUCGACCUGUAUAUCUGGGAGCCGAUAUGCACGGGGUUUCGAUUUCUACAACUUGUCGUCAUCUUUGUACCCGUCUUAGCCACUGUUCCGGCAAUAUGGUUUGGCAGACGACAUCCCGAACGCGACAACGAAAGGAGCAGAACUCUCUGGUGGUACGAAUUUCUAGUGCAGGCAAUGGAACUUGCGGGACCAGCAUUCAUAAAGCUAGGCCAAUGGGCGGCUUCUCGAACAGACAUCUUCCCUAACGAGAUGUGUGAUACCAUGUCUAAGCUUCACUCGAAUGCGCCAGCACACUCUAUGCACGCAACCCGCAAGACUGUAUCAGCCGCAUUUGGCGGACGCAACUUUGAUGAAAUCUUUGACGAAUUUGACGAGAAACCCCUUGGUGUAGGAGCCAUUGCGCAAGUAUACAAGGCCAAACUGAAACCCGAACUCGCCAUGUCAAAAGGCGGGUUAAGCGACCCCGAGGAUCACGGUGGAAUAUCAGAAAACGUGCGACGAAGUGUCGAAACCGUGCUCAAAAGCUCACCAAAGCGAGUCCCGUCAUCAUACGUGGCCGUCAAGGUCCUCCAUCCCAAAGUAGAGAGAAUUGUCCGCCGCGACCUCCGCAUCAUGCACUUUUUCGCUUCUGUCCUCAACACCAUCCCAACAAUAGAAUGGCUCUCCUUGCCAGAUGAAGUGGCACAGUUUGGCGAAAUGAUGAAACUCCAGCUCGAUCUGCGCAUCGAAGCCGCCAACCUCGAAAGAUUCCGCCGCAACUUUAAAGAUCGCUCAACAGCUUCUUUCCCCUAUCCCUACACAGACUUUACCACCCGCAACGUGCUCAUCGAGGAAUUCGCCCAGGGAAUACCACUUGCAGAUUUCAUGGAAAACGGCGGCGGCGUCUUCCAGCACGAUAUUGCAGACGAAGGUCUGGACGCCUUCCUCCGCAUGCUCCUCCUUGACAACUUUGUCCACGCGGACCUCCACCCUGGCAACAUCAUGGUACGCUUCUACCAAGCUGCCCAGCCUGAACUCCGACUCCUCAAGAAGCCGGACCGCAACGCACACGACCAAGAAGCGGACGUGACAGAAAAAGUCCUCGAGCGCCUCCGCCCCUUCAGACACCGCAAGAACAAGGUCGCCUGGGAGGCCGAGCUUGCCAAAAUCGAUGCAGAAGGAUACCGCCCGCAACUCAUAUUCAUCGACACAGGUCUCGUCACGGAGCUCAACGCCACCAACCGCGCCAACUUUCUCGACCUCUUCCGUGCCGUCGCCGAAUUUGACGGCUACAAAGCCGGCCACCUCAUGUGCGAACGCUGCCGCCAGCCGGAAGCCGUUCUAGAAAAGGAAGUAUUCGCCCUCAAAAUGCAGCACCUAGUGCUUAGCGUGAAAUCACGCACCCUGGCCCUAGGAAACGUCAAGAUAGGAGACAUCCUCCAACAAGUUCUCUCCAUGGUGCGGAACCACCACGUCCGUCUGGAAGGAGACUUUGUCAACGUCGUCAUCAGCAUCCUCCUCCUCGAGGGCAUAGGACGCAGCUUAAACCCCGAUGUGGACCUGCUGAGCAGUUCGUUGCCCAUCCUUCGACAGCUGGGUACCCAGAGUGGAGCGACGAUGGCCAAGAGCGGUGAUUUCAGCAUGAUUUUGGUGUGGGCUGGUCUGGAGGCGAGAAAGUUCCUGCAGGCGAGUAUCGAAGAUGUUGAACGAUGUGUUAAAUAUGAUUUGUUGUCACCUAAUGUAUAA